AGACAACACUGCAACAGUCAAUUGUGGCCUCUCUCUCUCUACUAGUAUUUAGUGGGCUAUGGCCCGUGUGGUUUAGACUUAGUUUCAUUCGGUAGCUAUAUAAAUAAAUAUAUACACACCGGUGGUAUAUUCUCAUAUUGAGCUCCUCUGUGUGCUGAACGUCCGUAUAAUUUUAAUAUCACCCACUAUGGGAAUAGUAUUAGGUAAAGUAGACGUGGAGACGCCGAAAUACACUACCGUGUACGAAGGCAAAGACUAUGCAGUUCGCAGAUAUCCACCAGCCGUCGCAGCGGAAGUGUCAUAUAAACUCGGCGAGGACAAUGCUUUCCGCGUGCUAGCCAAAUACAUUGGCGUAUUUGGUACACCUGAGAAUAAGAGUACCACUGUGGAAUCAGGUGAAUCAGAGCCCAUUGCCAUGACUGCGCCGGUCAUUACUACUGCUGACGUAAACCCUGAACGGCAUCUCCAUGACGGCUUCUGCAAACCGGAAGCCGUUGCCAUGACAGCACCGGUGGUCAGUACCCCCAAGAACCACGAGGAGAAAGAAUCUAUGGCAUUUCUGCUACCGGCAAAGUACACUCUACAAAAUGCACCCAGGCCGAAUAACGAGUCAGUGCGUCUGAGGGCUGUCCCCAGUCGAUGCGUAGCGGUGCUCACGUAUUCAUACAACACCACUAUGGACGAAGCGCGUGAGAAGAAGGACCGGCUACUGCCCACAUUUACAGCCGACGGUAUCACAGCGCUGGAAAAGGGCCAGAAAUGGACGCUUGCACGCUACAACCCCCCCUUCACUCUGCCCUGGAUGAAGACCAAUGAGGUGCACAUAGAGGUGCAGGACAAGUGGCUACAACCCUCCCUUCACUCUGCCCUGGAUGAAGACCAAUGA